ACUCAGCGCGCUGAAGAGGCAAAGCGUCGAACACAUGGCGCGCGCCAUCCUCCGCCGCGCGCUCUCCCUCUCCGCCGCCGUGGCGUCCGCCUCCUCCCCCGCGACCCCCCGAGUCGCCGCAGCCUUCGCUUCCGCAUCCACCUCGUCCCCCGUCGUUCCUCUGCGCUCACCCCUCGACGACCGCCUCCACCGCCUCCUCCGCUCCGAGAUCACCUACCUCGCCGAGCGCCGCCCUCCCUACCCGCCGCCGAGGAGCUUUAAGUCGUUCGCCGUGGAGGACCGCCCGGGGGAGCAGUGGUUGAGCCUCCGCUCCCGCGCCGGAGCCGAUGAGGAGGUCAAGGUCGAGGCCACCAUGUUCGACGGCGCCGCGGAGCCGCUCCCCGAGGACGCGCCACUCUUCCGCCGCGUCGAGUCCCUGGAGCGCGGCCCGCGCCUCCACCUCAGCCUCAUCGUCGAGGUCACCCGGGGCGACCGCGUCCUCGGCUUCAUCUGCUCCGCCUGGCCCGACGAGCUCGCCGUCCGCCACGUGCUCGCCCUCAGGGCUGGCAGCGGCGGCGCCAGCAGCGAUGGCGCUCGUGGUGGACGCAGUUUCGAGAAGCUGGGUGCUGGGGAGAGGGAGGCGGUGACGAAGUUCUUGAAGGAGAGGGAGGUGGACGAGGAGCUCGCUGAAUUCUUGCAUGGCUACAUGGCGAACAAAGAGAAGAUGGAGCUUCUCCGGUGGUUGAAGACCGUCGAAUCAUUCCUUGACAAGUAGGAUAAGAACACACACAACAGGCACCCUGCUGUUUUAAGCACGAUUUCCCAUUGGAACGAAUAGGCUCCAACAACUGGUGCUAAGGGAGGAUCUCCUGCAGUCCCUGUGCACUAUCCUCCUUAAUGCCGUGCUAUAUGUCUACUCAUUUUGUUGCUGAAGAAGUUAUAUUUUUUUCACUUUUCAUAAUAGCUUAGCGCUCAUGGAGAUUGACGGCCUGAAUAUCCUACCGUAUUGUCAUUUCCUUGUGAUCAAGAUUGUUGUCAAUCGUGUAUCCGUUGAAAUCUGUGCCGUUUGACUUUUUGCAACAGCAAAUCUGUUCAUCUUGAAUUUCCAAGGGGUAGUUGCGUCCGUGCUAAUUGAUCUGCUCUUCUAAAUUCAGACAGUCCAAUGUCAAGGAGGACCUGCAACCGUUGGACUAAGCCAGGUGCACGGCUCGGAUCGACCCGCUGCACAUGAACUAUCCAUCCAUACCUCAACAAUUUUUUUCCCGAAGAAAAAAUCAUACCUCAAAUUCAGCACGUGAUAUGCUGGAACCGGCCAGGUAGGUAGAGGGGGCAGGUGUUUAUGACCCCACUGACUAGCUGGGCCCGCCUGCGGAUUCAACCCACCCCUCAACGGCUAGUUCCACCCCCAACCGUUGGGACAAAAACCAAACGUGAGGGAGCUCUCUCCCCAAAUCACACCCACUUCUCGCUCCGAUCGCCACCUCCCACAGACGCUCCCCUCACCAGCUCACCUCUCGAGAGAUCGCCAAGAAGCGGCGGCGGCGGUGGCGGCGAGCUCUGCGGCCAUGGGGUGCAAAUACACGCCGACGUACUACUCGGGCCUGCAGGACACCAUCGCGUCCCUGUGCAAGUCCAUCCUGCCCUCCUUCCGCGUGGGGCGCCGCCUCACCGCCGACCAGGCCGCCGCGCGCCGCCACGCCGAGCAGCUCAAGUGGCAGCAGGAGUCCUUCCACCGCAUCCUCCACCUCGCCGCGCUCCACCGCGAGGGCAUCGUCCCGGCCUCCGACGUCGCCGCCUUCCGCGGCCCCAUGCUCGCCGCGCUCGUCGCGCCGCCGCAGCACCCCGAGCAGCCCGCCGUGCUGCGCGACAAGCUCCUAUUCCUCCAGGAGCUCCUCUACGCCAAGUGCAUCUCGGCAGCGGAGUACAACGCCUCCAAGGCGCCCCUCGUGCAGCGCCUCGCCGCGCUCGGCGUCGUCGUCGACUGCCCCGACGCGGAGGUCUCCGCCGAGGAGUGGUCGGAGAUCGACCUCCGGGACCCACCUCCACCCGCCCCCGCGGCGGCUUCCGACAAGCCGAAGCACAAGGCCUUCAUCACGCCAUGGAAGAGCAGAUCCAAGAAGGAGCAGGACGCGAACUGCGGGUCAAGGCCGCCGCUGGCCCCGGUGGACCAGAACAACGUCAAGAACGCGUCAGUCCUCAUGGCCGAGAGCUCGCCGUCGGAAGCCGCGCCCUCCGGAAAGGCCGAGAAGGGGAAGAGGAGGCAUCUCUCAGCGAUGUUCAACAGCGGCAGCAAUGGCUGCGAGAACAAGGACCCCGCGGGGGAGGAAGGGAUCGAUGAGAAGGAAACGGUGAAAGGCAAGAAGAAGAGCUCGUGGGGGUUCGAUGGGCUCAAGAAAUGGAAGAAAGGUGGAUGUAGCAAUGGCGAGGCAGCAGCCAUCGGUGAGCAGCCGGAGCGUGCUCUGCCGCGGUCAUCGUACAGCGAGUGCCGGCUCGAGGCGAGCCCCAUGGCUGCUGGCCCGGAUGCCAAGAGGGCCAAGACGAAGCUGUACUCGGCGACGGCUGAUGAGUCUGCUUCCGAGUUGUUGCAUGAUAAGGUUCUGGUGGACAACACAAAGAAGGAGCUCUCAAGGAUUCAGGCUGAGCUAUCAUCUACAAAUCGGAACUUGAACUUCUCGGAUCAGCAAAUCGAGGCCAUUUCUACAAAGCUUUCGGUGGACAAGUCUGACCUCAAGCCCUUCUUCCCAAAGGCAUGGUGUGAUCAGCAUGGGGACGGCGUGAUCACUGCAGCAAAGAAAGAGUUCAUGGAGCAUGUCGAAGAGAUGGAGAAGCAGAGGGACAUCACUGGCAAUGAGGGCUGGGCUACAUUUGAGGACAUCGACCUUGAUGACAACUUUAACCCCAGGUCCUUCUCUCAGCAUCAGCCAGACUCGGCAGUGAAGGGGAACAAAGUCAAUGAGAGCCUCACCAACAGUUUCACGAACCCCUUCUACAACAAGAACCCGUUCUUGAACACAAACUACAACUGAUAGACGAGUGAAUGAUGUUUGGGUCUAGCGUUGGGAUGUAUCGUUUCAUUUAUAUUCUGGUUACCGCUUAGGUUCAAUUGUUAUAUUGGACCAAGGUUGCUGUCAAUGAUGUUACGGCGGGAGCGUGUAGUUCCCUUUGAUUAAUCAUUUACCCUUGAUAUCUA